AUGAGAGGAAGUAGACUUGUCAUUCCUUCAUCUAUGAGAGCAGAAGUAUUACAGAAACUACACGAGGGACACCAGGGCAUUGUAAAGUGCCGUGAACGUGCCAAGAAUUCUGUAUGGUGGCCUGGUCUCAGCCGAGAGAUCGAGGAUAUUGUUAAAACUUGUCCAUCAUGUCUUAAGCACAGGAUAGAGAGACCAGAACCUCUCAUGCCUACAGAUUUCCCAGAUCGUCCCUGGCAAAAAUUGGGAUCAGAUCUUUUCUACUGGAAAGGAGUCAACUAUCUACUGGUGAUUGACUAUUUCUCUAGGUACAUAGAGAUCGCUAAGCUGAGCUCCACAACAUCAGAGGCGAUAGUAACGCAUCUCAAAUCGAUGUUCGCGCGACAUGGAAUACCAGAGACUAUCAUAUCGGACAACGGUCCACAAUACGCUAGUUCAACAUUUCAGGACUUUGCGAAAGACUAUGGAUUCAAUCACUCAACCAGUAGCCCUCAUUAA